CCACGGAGACCGAUCUGCACUGCAAGAUGGCAAGAAACUGUCAUAUCCUCCUUCGCAGUUCGCAACAGAUCGAGUUCCACACUCCACCUGCUCCUGCAUUAAAUCAAAUCGCCGUUUUCUACUGAUCCCAAUCUCGCCUCGAAAACCCUAGAAAACCUCUUCGUCCCCAAUUCAGCUCCUAAUCCAUUAUCGCUCAUGCUAUCGAUUCCGUUGCAUCCAGUCUCGUCGUUGAUCGCCAGCUGAUCGCGUCUCCGGUUGCUCCCUGCUCGGCCCCAUGGUGGUCUGCAAAUGCCGCAAGGCUACGAAGUUAUACUGCUUUGUGCAUAAGGUUCCCGUGUGCGGAGAAUGCAUAUGCUUUACGGAGCACCAAAUAUGUGUGGUUCGUACUUACUCAGAAUGGGUUAUAGAUGGCGAGUACGAUUGGCCUCCUAAAUGCUGCCAUUGUCAAGUUGUGCUCGAAGAGGGGACGAGCCCUCAAACUACUCGACUUGGUUGCCUGCAUGUCAUACACACAAAUUGCUUGGUUUCAAAUAUCAAAAGCUUUCCCCCUCACACUGCUCCCGCUGGUUAUGUAUGUCCUGCGUGUUCCACACCGAUAUGGCCUCCCAAGAGUUUUAAAGAUUCAGGAUCACGUUUUCAUUCUCAGCUGAAGGAAGCUAUUGUGCAGACUGGUAUGGAGAAGAACUUGUUUGGAAACCAUCCAGUUGUAAAAGCAGAGGCCUAUGGACCUUCACAUGCCUCAGAUCUUUCAGUCAAUGUAUCAUCAUCCUCAGCACCCUUGAUGUUAACGGAUGGAAUGUAUGCAAAUGGAUCUUCUUCAGAUAUUGUGGAGAUAGAUGUUCCCAAUUCAACAGAGAAUUUCAUGAAAAGCUCAAGUCCUGUUGGUCCUGGUGCUACAACAAGAAAAGGUGCUCUAAAUGUUGAUCGGCAAAGUUCUGACAUGUCAUAUUAUGCUGAUGAUGAAGAUGCGAAUAGGAAGAAGUACAGUCGAAGAGGCCCAUUUCGCCAUAAAUUCCUUAGGCUCUUGCUUCCUUUCUGGUCAAGUGCAUUGCCUACUCUGCCAGUGACUGCACCUCCACGCAAAAAUUCAUCAAAUGCAGAUGAUGCUCCCGAAGGUCGCACACGGCAUCAAAGACAAUCGAGGAUGGAUCCAAGGAAGAUGCUAUUAGUUAUUGCAAUCAUGGCAUGUUUGGCAACUAUGGGCAUACUGUAUUACAGAAUUGCACAGAGGGGCUUUGCAGAUGACCUGCACAAUGAUGAGCAGCAGUGAUUGCAAAUCCAGGCAAUGGAAUUGUGUGCGCAAGUUUUGUUUGUAGACAUCCCGGUUAGUGGUAUCCACAGGUUCUGUUGUUCCCUGCUUGUCUCUUUGAAUGGAUGUGGUUCUUGUCAUCUCUGGUAGGAAGGGAACCACUCUGAAUCUGUGUAGCAUGAGACCAUAAUUGUUUAAUUGAUGUCACUUGAUUAUGGUAUUAAUCUUGUGCUGAAAUGAGAAAUUGGUUCAAGAGAGAACUAUUUGGGAAUGUAUUUAUCA